CGACCAGGCCGAGAGAGUAGCAGCCGCGCCAGACAUCACCUGUCUGGCGUUGAGGCGGAGGGGCCGAGCUGUCCCAGCCGGAAAGCUCCGGUGUAACGGGGCGGGGGAGACACUCCCGUCUAAUGAAUAAUCAACGGGAGGCCGCUACGAGGCGGUCACUCCCUCACAGAGUUCCUCUAAUGGCACAUAACUAAUACAUCCAGAGAGUUUGAAUUUUUCCCGCCUAGGGAAAGGCACUUGGCGACAGCGCAGGUGCGGGGCUAGCCGCCGCCGCCGUCUCCUCCUCCCCGCGCCGGCCGCGGGACGAGGAGGCAGCGCUCCAGGUGGAGGUGGGGAACGGAGGGGCACACGACCGGUGCGGGGCCGCUUGAUUGACGGUUGCCCUGGAGACGAGAGAGCCCCCGCCCCCUCGGCGCGGCGCAGCCAAUGAGAAGGUUCGGCCGGGCCAGCAGGCUGCGGUGCCAUAUAGUAUUGCAGCGAGGCUGGGAGUCACGUUGGGGGGAGUCGCGCAGAGGAGCCCGUUUACACUACUUUGCUAUAGCAGCUAUCUUUAAUGGUUAUUGCGUGGCCGAGAGGAAACCUGAUCGGCUAGAGCCGGCUGAGAGCAGGAGGAGGAGGAGGAGGAGUGGACUUUUCAGGGAGAUAGGAAGGGGGGAGUGGAGGAGAAGAGGACGGGGGAAGGAAAAAAAAAAAAAAAAAAGAAAACAAACUGAAAAUGUCUUCUGCCUCCCCCACGGACGAGAUCACAGGCGCAGUGGAGAUCAAGCAGGAAAAUGUGAUGGAAAUCCUCUCUGAAGCAAGCAAGGUGCCCCCCGAUGGGGCUGCGGCGGGAGCUCUCAACUCCGCGCCGCCGCCCCCUCCCGCUGCAGCCCCGUUCCCCAUGGAGCACGCAGCUUCUGCCGCCGCCGCGGAAGAGGGAGCCGCGGAUCAGGUACUGCUCCACACAGAACUCCUGGCCAGGAAUCACCACGCUGCCUCCUCUCCCUCCUCCUCUUCAUCUUCUUCAUCUUCCUCCUCCUCGCAGACCCCUCUGGCUUUCUCUCCAGACCAUGUCGCCUGCGUCUGCGAGGCGCUGCAGCAAGGUGGGAACCUGGACCGCCUGGCCAGGUUCCUGUGGUCUUUGCCCCCGAGCGAUCUGCUACGUGGCAACGAGAGCUUGAUGAAAGCUCGGGCGCUGGUGGCUUUCCACCAGGGCAUCUACACAGAGCUCUAUAGCAUCCUGGAGAGCCACAACUUCGACUCCUCCAACCACCCUCUCCUGCAAGAGCUCUGGUACAAGGCUCGAUACACCGAGGCGGAGCGAGCCCGGGGCAGACCUUUGGGGGCGGUGGACAAGUACAGGCUGCGGAGGAAAUACCCUCUGCCCAGGACGAUCUGGGACGGCGAGGAGACGGUCUACUGCUUCAAGGAGAAGUCCCGCAACGCGCUGAAGGAGUUUUACAAGCUGAACCGGUACCCCUCGCCAGCCGCCAAGCGCAACCUGGCCAAGAUAACCGGUCUGUCCCUCACCCAGGUCAGCAACUGGUUCAAGAAUCGCAGACAGCGGGAUCGAAACCCUUCCGAGACCCAGUCCAAAAGCGAGUCAGAUGGCAACCCUAGCACAGAAGAUGAAUCCAGUAAGGGGCAAGAGGAUUUAUCUCCUCAUCCACUCUCCAGCUCUACUGAUGCCAUUGCCAGCCUCAGCCUUCCUGGCCACACAGAGCCUGUCUACAUGCAGCAGCUUGGAAACACUAAAAUAGCCUUGAGCUCAUCUGGAGUCUUGUUGAAUGGAAACCUUGUGCCUGCCAGUACCUCUCCUGUCUUUCUCAAUGGUAGCUCUUUUCUUCAGGGACCCAACGGUGUCAUUCUCAAUGGACUCAGCGUGGGGGCUUCGCAGACAGUUACCUUAAAUUCGCCUAAAACCACAUCAAGUGUUGUGAGCAACGGGGUGUCCAUUACUGACAUACUGUCAUCUUCAUCAGAAGAUGUUAAGGACUUCAAACUCCUUCAGGCUUCUGUCCCCAACGUUACAGCAGCCACCUUUAGCCCCAGCAACAUCCCAGUCUCGUUCCCAGGAUUAAUAUCAAGCUCAGAAGUGAAAAGGGAAGAUGUACAAACUGCUGCUUCCCAAGAUGGAGGCUCUGUAGUUACUUUUACUGCUCCUGUCCAAAUAAACCAGUAUGGCAUUGUCCAGAUCCCAAAUUCAGGAACAAAUGGACAGUUGCUGAAUGGAAGCAUUGGUUUUUCUUCUCUGCAGCUGCCUCCUGUUUCUGUAGCAGCUUCACAAGGUAAUGCUUCAGAAAAUCCCAGCACAUCUGAUGGAGGAACUUUUACAACUGAAUCUCCAACAGUGCAGCAGGGAAAGGUUUUCUUCAGCCCCCUUGCCCCAAGUGCAGUUGUUUAUACAGUUCCAAAUUCAGGCCAGGCAGUAGGCUCUGUCAAGCAAGAAGGACUGGAAAGAAGCCUUGUGUUUUCUCAGUUGAUGCCAGUCAGUCAGAACACUCAACUAAACAUCAACAUGUCUUCUGAAAACAUAUCCAGCGGAGGACUCCAGUCCCUGGCCUCCUCGUUAGUGAAUGUAACACCCUCACAUAAUUUUUCCCUCACACCACCAACUCUCUUAAAUGCUGCAGAACUGAACUCUGGUAUCUCAGAGAGCCAGUCCAUGUCAUCCCCCGUGACCAGUACCUCUACCGUGAUAUCUAUCAGCAACACUAACUAUGCAACGCUUCAGAACUGUUCCCUCAUCACUAGUCAAGAUCUGUUAUCCAUUUCUACAGCACAGCCCACGCUUGGAGAAAUGGUUUCUACGAGCGGAGACCGCGUCAGCCACCCCUCCGCGCAAGUGCACGAAGAUUUUGGCAGAGAGCACAGGUUGGUUCUGCAAUCUGUACCUGACGUCAAAGAGAAUUUCUUACCUAAUUCUGAGAGUAAGUCAACUGGCAAUUUAAUGAUGCUGGAUUCAAAAUCCAAGUAUGUUAUGAGUAACAUGGUCGACACAGUUUGUGAAGAACUGGAAACGGACAAAAAAGAACUUGCCAAAUUGCAGACAGUUCAGAUGGAUGAAGAUAUGCAAGACUUGUAAUGGUUUUUCUCCCCCCUUACUUUCUCUUUUAAUAGAUAAGUCUCCUAUUGAGGCCCUGAGAAGCACCAUGUGGGUUUUGCUUUCUUUCUUUUUUUUUUUGUUUGUUGUCUUUUUUCACAUUUAAAGGAAGCAGAAGAAUGCUUAAAUGUUGUGAAUUGGUGUACAGAGGAAUCUCGGGCAGCAGAAUUAGGUUGCCACACUUGGUUUGCGAUUUGCGUUGCAGCGUUCUCUCUUAAGCAGAUUAAAGGAGAAAGGAAACACCAGUGCAAGUACUGAGCAAAUGCAUACAGGUUUGGCUACGAGAUACUACCCUGAUAAUUUAACUAGACUCUGCGUAGUACACCGUACUCUCAACAGUAAGUACACACUCCUGGCUUCAGAUAGAGAACAAAGAUCUCACUCCAAAAAGGUAGAAACAAUGCAGUCGUUUUUUGCUGUUUACUUACCAUGGGCAUUGAGAAGUUUUUAAGGAACUGUAGACCUUAACCUCACCAGCUGCUUUUCUGUUGUUUGAGGUUAAGAAACAAAACAAAAUCAUACUGUUCCUGGUGUGUUUGCUUUUUUUUUUCCCAGCAGAUAUACAUCCAAACCAAAAAAAUCUCGCGUCAAGCAUUUACAGGUUUCUAAAUGCUCCAGCUAGCGUUUUGUCAGUGCACCAGAGAACAGAUCAUUUGAAACUCUAAUUCUACAACUGCUUUCUGUCCAGUAUGAAUGUAAAUAUUGUUUCAGUUCUUUUAAAGGAGACUUGGUUGGUUUUUUUUUUUUUGUUGUUGUUCUUAUUAGUACAAUGGAUUUUAUUUAUGGUUCCCUUUCACUAGACACAAUGCAUUGAAGAGGAAAAACGUUUUCUGGCUGUUUAAUUUAUUUUUAUUGUUUGAGCAGGAAGUAAGCAUAGUAAUUUUUGACAAGGUUUUACCUUUUUUUUGUAGUUUUUCAACUGUAAAAGUGAAACGUUCAUCACACUGAAACUAGAAACUGAACUCCCAGUCUCACAAACCCAGAAGGUCCCUACCCGCUCUGUCUUUGUGUUCAGGGUUUUUGUUUGUUUGUUUUGUUAGUAAUUUGCAAAUUAGUUGAACCUUUCUUUUUUUGUGUGUGUGUGUAUUUUUUUUUUUACUGAAUUCCAUGUGCCUUUCUUCCUAGUGGCCUUAUCUUUGUUACUAAAGCACAGUGACAGGAGGAAUAAAAACACUGAUUUGCGAAUAUCCGUCCUCAGGGACAAAUUCUGUUGCCUUACUUCUGUAAGUAGGCCUGCUCCUACUUGCAUGAGUAAGAAGAGUUCUAUGUCUAUUGGUCAUCGUGGGUAACAUUUACUAGGGGUGCAGAGAGCCAAAGACAGAUUGUUCCAUACCUUGUCAGCAGGGCAGGAAUAGUCCAGAGAGUGACUCUGAGCAGAGCUGUGGUGCCAAUGGAAAGGUUUUGGCUCCAGCCUUGGGCAGAUGGGCAGGACAGGGAGGGGAGCCUCAUGGAGGUCUCAUUGGCCAAGUAGCCCAUGCAGGAGGGCUUCAACAAUCCAAGCAGUUCAAGCAAGCAGGCCCCCAACCAGGAGCACACUUAAGCAGAAUAAGCAGCUUUGGGGGAUGAUGAUGAUGAUGAUGAUGAUGAUGAUGAUGAUGAUGAUGAUGAUGAUGAUGAUGGGAACUGUGCCUGCCCAAAGGGCUUGUGGGAGCAGCCAUGGUCUCUGCCCGGCUAGGGAUGGGUUUCCUCUCCCUUCACCCCUUUGCACUGUGCCGGGGACAGCAGAAGCAAGUGGAACAGGCCUUGCCUUUCCUCUAGAGAUGUAUUUGUAGCAUGGAAAAGCACAUCCUUAAGCUUUAAGAUAAUAAUAAGAAUGCAGAUGUAUAAAGAUGACAUGCUGUUAAUUUUUGUGGGUUUGUUUUGUUAUUUUUAAUCCUAAUGUGAAUAUACACAGUAGCUAAAACAUGUAUUUAUCCUCAUCAGUGGCCCGAUCUGAAACCUUUGGAAGGCAAUGGCAAUGUUUUCAUAAGCUUCUAUGUGCUCCAAAUUGGGCUCAGGAUGAAAUAAGAUUAUUUGUUGAGGACAAACAGAAUGGAAAGAGAAUAGAGGUAGCACAUCCCAGUCUGUUUCUGUCUUCGUUGUUAACUGGUUCCGUGGAAAGUCUUUGAGGAAUGAAGGUCGUCUUUCUGUGUGCCCUGAGCAUGGCAUAGGCAUCCUCGCUGUUGUUUUGCACUACACUGAGUACAGUACGUUUUUGCAAGGUACUCUGUGGAAACUCAAAGCUGAGCUCUGUUGGUAAGCACUGGAGUCCACACUGCAAGCCAGAGCAGAGCCUCUGGGGCUGCAGGGAGAAGUGCAGGGAAAGGGAAGAUCAACUGUACAAGGCAUGCACUUUGCAGCCGUACAGAGUUGUGGAUCUCUGCAGACAGAAGCAGCCUGUAAGCAAUUGGCUGUCCCCACACACUCCCAAGAAAAAAGGGUGUUUAGGGCAAGUGUUUCAAAGCAGAGAUUAUCAUAAGCAGACCAUGGAGCUAUGUGUUCCCCUGGCACAGCUUCCCUUGGCAUUUGAGGAUCUCAGCAUGAUUAGGGAAUUGGAUAGUUCAGAGUUCUUUCUGCUCUGCUUGUUUAUCUAUUUGCUGGGCUGCAGCAUGAGCAAUCUGCUUCCCAUCUCUUCUUUGCCCUUAAAAUCAAGAUGACAAUGAGGUUAACAGAAGCUGUAUCUGCUCUGCAUGAACCAUUUGGAAGAACAGGGACCCUGUAUCAUUGUCAUACUAAUGGAGAACGUGUGCAUGGCUCUAAAGGAAUUGUCUGGGAUUUAAUAUGCCAUCUGUGAAGCUCAGACUAUGUUUGGAGGCAAGCUAGAGAGUAUUUCACAGAGCACUAACUCGGUUGUUGAUGGGAUCAGGUCUCCUCACUGAAAAGACUGGUGUUACUUUGUGAGGUUUUGCAUUUUUCCUCCUUUGCAUUUCUGUUACUGAGGCUCUGAAUUCCAUGGGUUUGCAACACAGUUGAUGUGAAAACUGUGUGUGUUGUUACAGUGGCAUGUGUCUUGGAGCGUCUGGUACUUCUAAUAGGAGACUUCUGCUCUCCACGGGGGGAGCAGUGGUUUGGGACAGAGUAAGGUUAUUCUAUUCUAGUCUUCCAGAUACCAAGUAACUUAUUUUAUUACUAUGUUUUACUGUUUCUUUCUCCCACUAAGUGUCAUUCCCUCCAUAUAACGUAGUUAUAACCUCAUGUUUUCUGCAGGUACAUAUGCACAAUAUAAAGACUCAUUGCACGGUACAAUGUUUUUAAAGUAGAUAUUUAAAUAGUAGUUUUACUCCUACUGUAAAUUAAGGGUCAGCUUUUAUUAUGUGGCCCACAAGCAAGCAGCCUAACUGCUCUAAAUAGACAGUACACAAAGUCCUGAAAUGUGUCUGGGGCCAGAUCUUUGGCUGCUGUAAAUAAGGCAUUGCUCCACUGAUUCCCAAACUGAGGAUUUUACACAGUGUUUAGGGGCUAUGGAUGCUCGUGUUCCACACACAUGAAUGGCAAUGAGUGUCCAAGUCCCACAGAUAAUCCUUAUCAUCCCUUUCUGUUGUCUAAAUGGAAGGUAUGUCUCUCUGGCAUACAUCUUCCUCCUCUGUUACAGUUGAGAAUAAAGGAUCAUUUCAACUUCACAUGUGUUUGCAACUUAAGUCCACUGGAAAUCUUACAGGAAACAUUGCCAAAUUCUACUACUUUUCUGGUCCCAGACUCAGCUUUUAAAAACAUGCUUAAAGUUUAAGCAAAUUCCUACAAAGCAUGAUGUUGAAAAAGCCUUUCUUCUUUACUACUCUUAAUUAAAGCUGCCUUGGUUUCACCCAGAGUUUUGCAGAGAACCAGAAGUAUAUUAAACUGAAUGCUUGAUCUGGACUUUAUGCAGCAUUAUUCCUGUGGUCUCACCUAAAAGGACAUUUCAGCCCUAUAAAGCAUGGACAUCUAUUGGCCAGGUCCCCAGCUGGGCUGAACUAGCACAGUUCCAUCAACUUUAAUGUCCUUUCCCACCAGCCAAGACUAUGGUCCAUUCAUUUCACUGGAGUUGGAUCAGGGAUGGAUUUGGCCCAGUAGAAGGUGGCAGUAUGAACUGGUGCAGAAGGCUGGUGCUCAGACAGCUGUAACUGAAUGGUCACGCUUUAUCAGAGCAUAUACCUCUUUCCACUGACUGCUUUACACUACUCAUAGAUUCAGGAAGACUCAUUCAGAAAGUUACUAUACCCAGAAUUGAGGCUGGAACCGUCUCUAUUAGCAUUACUGUCAGUCCAGGAUUAAUGAAAAUAAUGGACAGACUGACUUCAAAUCCUGCAAAUCACCUCAAUAAUUAUUUUCAGUUCAAUUAAGCAGGUCAAAAUUUGACCCCAUGUGCACAGGAGCUUUUCUCAUAUGUAGAUUUCCAGUGCCUGCAUGCUUGUAUUAGCAAGGGCAGGUGAACAACCGUGGGGGUGUUUCCCUCUAGUUCCAUCUGUGCACUGAACUCCCGUGGGCACAAAUCACUUAGUGCUUGUGUUUGAGAAACAUCUCAAACCAUUGUAAAGAAAUUGAAACGAAUAAAACUUUUUAAAAAGGUCAUUUUAUAACUCUAAACCAAAAAUAAUGACAUGUUACAAGCAAGGAGACCUGCAGUCUUCCUGUAUCUCCUAGCAGUUGCUCUCUUGAAGGAUGUUUUAUACCUUAUUUGUAUGUUUCAUAUAAUUUAAAACUAGCUUCUUACAUUUCUGAACUCAAGGAAGGGGUGAAUCUUCUGAUUCUUUUUUUUUUUUUCAGGAUUCACAUUCAGAGGAUGUUUGUUCUUUUGCUGCAUGUACUGUUUGUCCAGAACUAGCCAGUUAAUUUCUGCUGUGUGGGUUUUACUGUGCCUUACAACAAAUACAAAACUUCAGCAGAAUGUACUCAUUAGAGGAGGGAAUAAUCAGAUGACUUUACUGCACUGUUAGGUGAUGCUGCCCCAGAGUGUAUCAUCAAACAUAUUUGUGCUUAAUAACCCAACCAAAGAGAUCUAAAGUAUGUAUGUUUGUUGUACUGUAAUAGGGGUUUGUGCCUGGACAAUUAAGUGUUUUAUUUGUAUUCUGAGAUGAUGUGAACUUAUUUUUCUAAACACUAUACUGAAUAAACUUUAUAUUUAUACACA